GGCGCUGUGGUGCAGCUUCAGCCUCAGCCACUCUUCUCCAUAGACAGAUUACUGUCGUGAAUUCCCAGGACACCACAACACGUCUUUGUGGCUGGAUUUACGGUGUUGUCUCUGUGGGAGAAAAAAAAAAAAAAAAAGGGCAGCUGAGAAAAUGCAUGACAAAUUUCUGAAAUGGGAAACGGUUUCUCCAUUAGUAACGAAGAAGACGGGGAUCACAUUCCUUUAAUUUAUUGUCUGAUUAAAAUUCAGUCUUUGCCGUCACCUUAGCAACUGCUUGGAAAUAGGUGGGUGGUGUGGGUGCUGCAAGCCAGGCAUGUGAGCCUGUUGGUGUUCAUCGCAGAGUAGUGUGUGAGCGUCAGUGUGUGUGUGUGUGAGCGUCAGUGUGUGUGUGUGUGUGUGUUGUGCGCACUGAAAAGUUUCAUGUCUUCACACGAGUCCUUGCAGUAACAAAGCGUUCUUCACAAGCACAUGACCUUCUGCUGAGCAUUGGUUGAAGACACAAACUCAAAUUCUCUCUGCCCUCCCACCCCGGCUCCCUCCAGGCACAAAGUCAUCCGUUUUCUUUGUUGGUAUUCCAUCCAUAUCCAGAUCCAGUAGAGAGCAAGUAUAAAAAAAUAAAAAAAAAGAAGAAAAAUCUUCCUGCAUCGUUCACUGUGCUGGAUAUUCACAGCUCUGCUCGUCUUUUCUCAAGUGAGGAACUGGUUAAACGGACUUCUCAGGGCUUCCACAACUAAUGAAACCUGAUCGUGUGGCAGCGUGGAUGCCACUCUCCAUCAGGCCUGCACCCUAAACGUGAAUGAAGAUAAGAAUUCUGGGAAAGUAUUUUCAGGAUGAUACAUAAUUCAUCGCUCUCAGAAACAUGGGAAAGGCAGCAGCAGCAGCAGCGGUAAAAAAAAACCAUUCUUCCAAACAGCCUGGGAUUUGAGCUGUAACAUUCAACAGAUUGAACCACCUGUUCUACCUCACCUCCUCCCCUCUCCCUGUCUCCCCUCUGUUUCCUCGUCAGCACCUCCCCUCUCCUCUCUGUCGCUCCAAUUCAGCACUUCCACAGAGAUAUUGACUUGCUGCAAGUGUCCCUCCUGGGGGAUGUGGGGGGGGGAGGGGGCUCGCCGUGUAUCUGCAGUCUGGCUGCAAUGGAGGGUUUCUCUCAACUCUCUCCCUCCUCACUCACUCCCCUUCCUUCCUGCCCCGCUCUCUCAGUCUCUCCUGACUUGAUUUGAUGGUCUUCUUCUCACCUCAAGUAUGAGCGUGGCUGCAGACAGCAGGGCUUCAGACUGAUGAGCGUUACAUGGUCUUGCUCAUGGACAGGGGAGGAAGGGGAGUGAGGGAUAAUAGGAUGAGGACUGGAGGAGAGGGAGAGAGAGAGAGAGAGUGAGGAAGAGGAGAGGAGAUAAAAUAAACAAAAAACCAGGAGGGAAGCAGAGAGAGCCUCUGCUGAAUAUGUAUGUUUUGUUGCUUCCUCGCACCGAGCUGCCACAGCAUCAGACUGAUGCACUGAGGAGUUGGCAGCUCCCGGGCCACUCUGAUGGGUCGCUUCAUUAACGUCCUGUCUUUCCCUUUAGGUGUCUGCUGAAGACAUGAGCAACGCCGAUGCUAUCAGGUGAGCUUCCUUCUCUCUCCCUCUCCCCUUCUUCUGCACAUAUCUUUUAGCACUCCAUCAUCACACCCCCACAUUCUCCCUGUCUUCCUCCUUUUUUUAAAGCUCCUUCCCUCCCACUCUUCCUCUCUUUCUCUUCCUCUACUCCUGCGUAGUCUCUCUCCCUCACUCGCUCUGUCUUCCCUCCUGGCUCUGUUGCUGAUGCUGCUGCUGCUGAUGCCGCUGAUGCUGGAGUGGCGUGUUGGUGGUGGCAGCAGUGGGGUGGUGGUGUGCAAGUGUUGGGGUUUCUCUGAGCUAGGAGGGAGAACGGGGUAAGCCAGUCCAGAUAACACACAGGAGGAGAAGUCAGGGAUUUCUCCGCUCACUCAGCAGAGCUCUGGGAGCUGGAUUUUUAUCUCUGGGAUUCCAGGAUGAAGCUCUGCGUACGGGAAAGGAUCAGAACACGUUCAGCUCUCAGUAACUCUUCAGGCCAGGCUUAGCUGAUCUCCGUCGGGAAACUAACACGCAUGCCGGCAUUGUGCGAUCGACCUAUAAACACAUGAGAGGGAAGGAACACAGACAAACCAUGAAAAAGAUAUACAUUGGCAAAACCGCCUUAAAAGUCCCCCGAAACGGUGGCAAACACCCGAAAAAGAGCUCGUUGCUGGAGCAGAAGGAGGAUUUACGGAAGAGGCUUUCCUACACCACCCACAAGCUGGAGCUGCUGCAGGGAGAGUUCGACUCCACGCGGCAGUACCUGGAGACAGAGCUGCGCAGGGCACAGGAGGAGUUGGACAAGUUUACUGAUAAACUGCGCAGAAUACAGAGCAGCUACUCGGCUCUGCAGAGGAUCAACCAAGAUCUGGAGGAGAAGAUCCACCGGAACUCACAGCACCACGAUGACGAGAAGCGAGCUUUGAGCAGAGAGAUCAUCGUCCUCAACAACCGUCUGAUGGAGGCCAAGCUCACCAUCGAGAAGCUGCAGGAGGACAAUGAACUCUACAGAAAGGACUGUAAUCUGGCUGCUCAGCUCCUCCAGUGCAACAAGUCUCUGUACAGAGCCGAGCUCUCAGAGCUGCCUGCUGACUUACAGGAGCGACUGACCAUGCAUAUGGAGGAAUCUCCUCUCUGUCACGCCUUUCCAGACUCUCUUAUUGCCAAUGUGCUCGAAAAACAAGACGAUGCCUGCAGCAGCAGUCAGGCUUCCCGCUCCCCAAGCCCCCAGGCCCAGGACCAUGCUUUUAUCUUGGAGACCUUGGCUGCAGGUGAACGCCUAGGUCUGCGGGCAGCUUACAAAUCUGACUUGUACGCCAGUGACACGGCCCUGUACUGCCCCGACGACCGGCACCGUGAGCGAAGGCCUAGUAUGGACCUUCAUGGUCAGAGGAAGCUGCUGUAUGGACCCCAGAACUCCACCGACAGCACUCCAGAGGAGGGGUCACUUGGUUUGAGGGCUGGCUUCUCCCAGGAGCACUUUGCCAAGUUCCCACCUGCACUCGAUGUAGGAUCCAGCUCCUACUCCAGUUUCAGCGGAGCGGGUUCUGAGGACAAGGGGAACGGGCCUCCCAGCAGCGUAGCCUCGUCCCCUCACCAUCAUUCUCUCUACAUGGAGUGGAGGGAUGCAGGAGACUAUGAGAGGAAGAGUGACUCAUCCUGGGAGAGGGACAGUCCAAGGGUAUUUGCCAAUGCUCAUCCAUUCCAGCAGGCGGAGCUGGGCCACCACCAGAACGGAAGCUCGCCGGUCUACAGCCGAACCAUGUCGUCCUGUUUCAGUGAGCCCUAUGAGCCACUGCCGCCGUCCUCAUCACCAAGCGUGGCCUACGGAGACAGCCGUCGAGGCAGCACGUUGGCCCCCGAGGAGGAAGAACUGAUAAGUCGAUGGAGACAACUCAGUGUGGAGGAUCUGAGUGCCCACAACUUCCGUAGUCCCGGUCGGGCUUCACCGUACAGCUUCUCUGAGCAGCACUUCUCCGUUAGGCCUGCUAAGAUCCGACUCGGUCCGGUCUACAGCAGCUUCCAGGAGGGAGCCGACUAUUAUCACCAUCACGGAGUGGCAGCCAUGGACCCAGUGUGGGUGGCUGCCAGUCCCAGCCCAGAAUGCAGCCCAGGGAUGCGUCAAGCACACAGCCAAGCCCACCUUUACCGAGGGGAGGACAGCCAGGAGUCGGAGCACAGCCUCUACCACUCAGGAAGCUCCAAAGACAGAGAAGGAAACUUGGCAGCUGGAGGUCAGGGCACGGACUACGUGGACCCCAGCCCCAACAGCUCCACCGAGUCCCUUCACCAGAGGUCCUUGGAGAUGGCUGCUGAGCUGCAGCAUUACCAGGUGGAGAUGCACAGCCUGCCUGCACAGGCCAGCCAGUCGCCGCCCCCGGCCCCACCACCUCCUCCUCCCUACAACCAAAAAUUUGGCUCCUUGGGACUCACCAGGAAGGACAGUCUGACCAAGGCCCAGCUUUAUGGAACUCUUUUGAACUGAACGACCUUCCGAUCAUGUUUCGUCUUUGAACCGAUGUUAGGGAUGAAAGAGCCCUGGUGCGACCAGCUGCACCUUCUGUGAGCACGGUCCAAUCUGGCAGGAAAAUGCUUGAAUAUAAGCCAGGAGUGAAAUUAUUCAGCAUCAUGAACCUGUGACUAGAGCAGAGGAUUUUUAAAGAGGUUGGCAGCAGUUCACACUACAAUCAGUCAGAGAAAGUCAUGUGAAGAGUUGUACGUAAGGCGAAGGAGCUCCAGCAGCCCUUAAAUUUGUAUUGUAUUUACCUUCGUAAUGUAUUAUUAUAUACUUGUAACUACAAAUUUGCGUGAUAUAUUUUGUAUGUGACUGUUGACAAGAAUUUCACCCAAAAACAAUCCCGAAAACUAAAUAAUCCUGGAACUUGUAUAUAAAUUUACAACUGCCAAUUAUAUAUUUGGAAACUCAGAGGUCGUAUAAAAAAAGUGAAUACAUAUAUACGUGUGUAUACAUGAGUGUAUUCACAUAUACACAUUAUAUAUGUGUAUAUACGUAUAUGUAUAUACAUGUAUAGAAGUGAAAGUGUGAACAGAUGAGUUUCAGUCGUGACUUUUAAAUCGAUCGAGAACGUGACGAUUCGUAUGGAAUGUGAAAUUUAAUCAUAAGGGAGAAUGUGAAACAGUUACUGGCGUGAAAGACAAACAUACACUUUGUUUCUUCUUCUGUUGAUGGAAUUUAAUCAGUAUUGGUGGGUGUGCUCUAUUAUUAUUGAUGGAACGUAUUGAGGUCUGUCUAAACAGUCAGUAAUACUUCAUUUAUUAUAUUCCAAAUAUCCCACUGCUAGGUUUUUCUUCCCUGUCCCCGUUCUACCUCAGAUUUUGAUGCCCACACCCUGUUUUACCACUGUAACCUUGUUUCUUUGAUUACAAUGCAUGGUUUAAACAUUUUUGGUUGUUUUGUUCACUUAAUAAAGCACAAACGUGGUUCAUGUCUGUAUCUGCCAGUCCUGACCAGCGAUAGCUGAUGAGGAUAUUCAUUUAUUUAUUUGUCUUUUUUAGCUAAAUGGUUCUCAGAGUCGCUUGGGGAGUCAUAACAUAUUGCGGG